CCCACUGCCUGAUGGGAAAUAAUAUUGACCUUUCACCCCACCCUCCAUCACUCCCGGUGUCACGGUGAAAAGGAACAUUUUAGGCAAAAACGCUGAAUUUCAGAACUACGGUUCGCCAUGGGAGGGUCCCAGAGUACGAGAAAGGUAACGUUAGAGCAAGGAGACAUGGAGGGAGUGGUGAAGGUGUCAUCAUCAGUAGUGAGGAGGAUGAGGGGAGAACCUGAGGAGGAACCAACACCUGCAGAUGCUCCACCAUCGGAGUCAGAAGCUGGCAGACCCAGGGAUGGUGUACCUAGAGAAACACUUCUUCCACACGAACAGAAAGCAGUUUUACAUGAAGCCUUGCAGGAGAGGGACAGAUACUGGCAAGACAAGCUUCACUCAGUGGAGGAAAAGAAUGCACAGUUGAACCAGCUGACAGUUGAACAGUUCAACAAGGCAGCUGAGGAAGUGGAGGCCAAGUUCAUUAAGCAGCACUACAAACCAGUUUGCCAGGACUUACAGGAGGCUGUCAUGACAUGUUACAUUGAGAACCCCAAACAGACCCUCAACUGUGCACAGCAGACCAAAGCUUUCACCAACUGUGUGGAAAAUGCAAGAUUGCAUUCCCUGAGGAGUGGUCUAGGUCACCAGGCAUAAGAGUAUGCUACAACUCAAGGCAUCAUCGUAGCUGGGACAGCAUUUCACCAGGACCAUUUCAAGAGUGGAAAGCAAAAUCUUUUAUGAUAAGAUAUUCUACGGUAGCCGGAAAUAAAAAAAGUAGUAACGUUUUUUUCACUUAGUGUAUUCUUACGAUAAGAAACCUGCAUGUGCAUGCUUGUGUACAAAAAGUUCUGAAGCCAUUUAAGUCUGCUCUCAUAUGUGUUGAUUUGAACACAGAAUGAGUUUGAAAAAGAUUGUCCAGUCAAGCCGCAGUUCAUUCUUAAGUUGCUAGGUGCUCAGCUGUGCAGAUGGAUGUCAUUUCUGAUAGAUGAAUUUAGUGCUUAUCCAUCCAUUUGGUAUGACUGUAUUACACUGAUUGCCAAUGAUCAUAUGUUAUGCAAGUUUAUAUCUGUAAAUGUACAGAUUUAGGUCUAAAUCUGUAAAAAUGUGUAACUUUCAACUCUUUGUUUCAAAGUUUAUGUCUUCCAAUGCUCUUGUCGAAAUGAAAAUUUCUACUUAAUAUAUGUUACAGAGGUAGCGCUGACAAGUCUGGCUUAUUGUUUGUUCUGUGCUUAUGUUAAGUGCUCACUGAAAAGUUUGAAUAUGAUCAAUGAAUAUCGGAGGCUUUGGCUAUAUAUAACAUAGAUCAAUAUCAUAUGUAAGCGCUCAGGUUUUCUUUGCAGCCUUUGGCAGCUGUUUCUGAGAAGUUAAAUGUGAUGUCUGUUCAAUAAAAAAAGCCCUAAGGUAA